UAUCUUUUCUCUCCUUUCAACUCUGCAAUAUUUUUACUCUUCUGGCGAAUUCCAACUUUUUCGUACCUGUUAGCUUCUCUCCUCGAAGGAGGUUGAAACAAAAGCCGCACAAUUUGGGAAUAAGCAUCCUCAAGGCACAGAUACUUCGGUUAUGCAAAUAUAUGGGCUGGGCUUCGUAUUCAUGCACUUCAGAUGUCCCUCUUAAAAUUCCAUCCCUCGGGUGAUCUACAACUAGGCAGUCAGUCAACUCAUACAUUCGCUUCACGGCCAAAUCCGAUUCCCUCCGCGCAAAUGAAGCUAUUCUGCGUUCCCCACUCCAACUCAUAUUAUCAAGUACCAACUGUCACCGCCACUCGUGGUCAGUUUCCAACCACAAGGAAUAUAUUACGGGAGGAAUAUGGUGAGAUCUCUCAUAUAAUUAAGUACUUCAAUAUCCGUUUAAAUCAUGGACCUUGCAUACCAAGUCUUGUUUAAUACUUACUUCAUUUACUUCAUGGCUUAUUAUUCUUUAUACCACCCUUAGAGAAUCGCACUGACUGACUACCCAAGAUUUGCCAGGCAACAGAGUGAACCUCACAUUCUCGAAGACUUGUUCCCUUGCCACAACUUCAACAUAAUAUCCCUAAUUUGCGUUCCGCUUCGGCCUGACCGACCUGGACAUUCAUCUUUUGUUGGUUUAGAUUAACUUAUAUGGGAGGACCAUCAAAUGGUAUUCGGGCGUCUUUUCCAUUGGUUUGACAGAUUUUCCCUCUAUUAUUAGAAUCACCCUUCGCUGGUUUCGCUUCCCUUUACCAUGCUCGAUUUACCGCAGCAACACCAAUACGAUCUUUGGCAAAACAUACGAUCCCCGAAAUUUGGAAUUUCCAUCCUUGUUGCCUUGAGGAGACAAUGUGAGCAAGUCCUGUCUUGAACGAUGUCUAUAUAAACGUUACCACCUAGAAGGUAAAUGAUCAUCAUCGAUUCUCUAAAUAUUGUCAACAAUCGAUCGACUCUCUCACUCAUCAUGUACACUGCAGCUCUUCUCAUCAUUCCUGCUCUUGUAGCAGCCAGUCCUUUGAACUCGGACUACACUCCUCUUCAGCGACGUGCCGAUCCUCCUGUUGAUCAGAUCACCAUUGUUUCCGCUUCCUCCUCUGGAAAUGGAUGUCCUCAGGGAACCGUUAGCACCAGUUUGUCGCCCGAUAAGACUGUACGCCCUGAUGCCUUCCCAAGAAGCAAAGAAAUAUCGCUAAUUCGGUGCUAGUUGAUUACCUUUGGAUUUGAUGCUUUCCGUAAGUAGCAACCAAAUUUCAGGUGCUGUGUGCCCUUGAGCCACUGUCAAGCGAGUUCUUGAACGAAACAUACGCCCCAUGAUUUAUGCGAGCUCGAUCUCCGACAAAUUUCAUGAAUGAACAGAAACUGACGACUCGACUUCAUAGAGGCUUAUAUUGGCCCCGCCGCGGCUCAGGCAGACAAAACUAAGCAAUGCCAACUUCAUCUCUCCUUGAAGUACCCAGGUGGUUUCCAGUACGCCAUCACCGACGCCACCUACCACGGUUACGCUCGUCUCGACGCAGGGGUAACCGGUAAUUUCCUCUCCACCUACUACUUCUCGCAAUCUGCCUCCUCGACUGUAUGUUUAUUCCCUCCUUCCAUUCUACACAAAAAAGCACAACUGACAUAUUUCAGUGCACGACCAAAUCCAGCAUCUCCGGAGCAAGCUGGCUCAACGGCGACGUCUACACCAAACACGACGAAGUCGAAACCACAGCAACCAUCUGGUCUCCCUGUGGCGACACCGGCUUGCUGAACAUCAAUAACCGUAUUGCGCUGACCUCUACUAAUACCAAGGCUUCGGGGGAGAUCUCGAAUGAUGAUGCUACAGUUGCUUUUACGCACCAGGCUCAUGUUUCUUGGAGGCAGUGUACUCCGUAUGUGCUCCCUCCUCCCCUCCGACAUCAUUUCCUCGGAUGAAAGAGAUACAUACUAACAUCAAACAGAGGCGGUGCCUCAGGCGGUGGAGUGUUUAAUCCUGGUCCGGGUGGCGCAUCAACGAUGGCAAGUGAUACCGCUACGCCUGCUCGUGAUGGCCCACCGAGCCAGUUCUCGACGGUUCCAGGGGGGAGCACGGUGAUUAUUCCGGGUGGGAAUGGUGGUUUUGGGGGGUCUACUGGUUCUGGUAGUUCUUGGACGAUUGGUCCUGGGAGUACUACUAUUACUCAGGGUUAGGCCUUUCUUGGGUUGGGAUGGGUGGGUCGAUAUCUUUGGUGAAAUGCUUGAUAUUGUUGUGUGGAUGACGGUUUGUAUUGUGUGUAGAUAGGAAAAGGGAUAUGGUUCUUGUUUGUGGAGAGUUUGAUAUGUCAAUUUUUAUAACGACA